UAAUCAAGCUCAAUCGUAACCAACUCACCCUAAUAGAAGAUAUAUCAUCAUCUUUGCUCGAUAUAAAAAUAAAGCCCUACUUCGGAUUUCGGAAAGCCCUACCAUCAGCUUCCUCCUCUCUCCAAGCUUUCCGUUCACUAAUUUAUGCAGAAUCAAUUGCGCUGGGUUUUCUAGUUUGGUUUCUUUUGAAUUGGGACUUACACUCGAGCAUAACUGGAUAUGGUGAAAGAGAGUCGAACGCAGGAUUAUCCAUGGAAUCUGAAGCCUCAUAGAAAGCAUUCAUUUUCCAAUUGCUCCUCAAAUUUGAGCUUUGAUCUAAAGAGGGUCGCUCUAGAAGCAUCUACUUCCGUUGUUGGCAUCCUUUCUUAUUUAGAUGAUACAAAAGCAAUUCGUGGCUCGGGAUUUGUGGUGGAAUCGGUUGUCAAAGAAGGUAAAUUCAUCAGUACAAUCUUUACAUCAGCUACCAUCCUAAGACCCGAAUGUGAUGUUGAUGAUGUGGCCGAGAAUAUCAAGAUAAGUGUCAUUCUAUUUAAUGAUAUCACAUUGGAGGCUAAGGUUUUUGGCUGGGAUUUCCAUUACAAUAUCGGGGUGCUUAAGAUUGAAACGGAUGUCCCAAUCCCAACAUCAAAGCUCAGGCAUAUAAAUGAUUCUAUUAACAUAGAUCCUGACCUGUUGGAUGAAAAACCACCUAAAUUCGAUCCUCAGUCUAAUAAAUUCAAUUUAGUUCCUGGGGAUGUUGUGGUUGCACUUGGUCGUAAUCAUGCUGAUGAGCAUGGACUUAUGGUGGUUGAUGGGAAAUUUAGUGGCAAUGUGUCUGAACUGGAUUGUGAAGAGCUUUUCAGGGCAGAUAUGAAAAUUUCUUUGGUAAGAGCAUCUUUUGGUUAUGCAUAUUAUAUUAGGUCCUGUCUUGUACCUCAGAUUGGAGUUGUGUUGAGAAACAUUUAUGAAUUGGAAGCAGAUGACUUGGAGCUUUUGAUCCAAACUUUUCCAAAUACUUUUGACGGCGUUUUUGUCAAAGAGAUCUCAACUCUUAAACUUGUGGAUCAGGACCUUAGUGAGCGCCCUUAUAAGGAGCUUCCUCGUGAUCAGUUAUUGCCUCUCGAUAUCAUCGUGGGAUGUGAUGGAAAAUCCAUUAGGAGUGUAUUGGAGCUCUUUGAGUUGAUAUGGGACGAAGCUGGACAAUCUGUGCUUUUGGAUGUGCUACGGCCAAGGGAUGGUUCCAAGUGGGAUAUAACCAUGGUUGUUGAUGCGGUUCACCCGAAUAAAUUUAACAAGUGGCCACUACCUAAGAUAAGAUUACCUCCGGCGAGAAAGAGGUUAGGGAUUCAUAUUAUUGAUAUGGUGAAGCAGUAGAGACAAGGUCGUGGUUGAUCAAGCGUUAGCCAAGAUGACAUUACAGUGAGUUAGGUAAAUUAUCAUGUGUUUUUUUAGGAGGCUUUGUUUUAUUAAUUAUUCCCUGGCAUUUUGCUGUUAGUACUUUUGCCUGCAUACAGCACCUAAUGUUAUUUGUUAUUAUUGUUACUAGUACGUAACCCGUGCGAUGCACGGGAUGUAAAAUUUGAAAGAAUAAUAUAA